CUUUUUUUUUUUUUUUUUUUUUGAUUCUGUUGACAAUUUUGAACUAAAGCAACUCCUCCCGACAAAUGCCGCGUGCACCCGACACUGUUCCGCUGCUGGAGGCGGACGAGUCACCCCUGGCUGAGGAACUGCCUCCAGCGACUGGUGGUGGUGGUAGCGGCGGCGGCGGCAGCGGCAGCGGUGCUGAUGCGCUGGGUGGCGCUGGGACACUGCCUCGCGCGUCACCCGACAACAACGACGGCGAUGUCGCGCCACUCGCCAUGAGCGGCAGCAGCAGCAGCCACCACAGCAACGCCGUUGCAGCAGCCGCGACGCUCGGCAACAGCACUGUCUUCACGGCACGCAGCGGCAGCCCUGCCGGGUCUGGUUUGGACGGGGCAGCCGGUGCCACCGCAGGGUCAGGCGGUGCUUCCUCUUCUUCUGCAGCAGCAGCAGCAGGCGGAGCAUCCUCGGCCAGCAAGCGCCCGGCGUCACCCGUCGUCACACCCGGGAUUCUGUCGUCCAUCAAGCAGUCUGCGUCCAACAUGAUUGCCAAGAUCACGGGCAACCCGACGUCGCCGAGCGCAACCCCGCGGUCUGGCUUUAUUGCCGCCGCCAUUGCAUCGACCGCAGCUCCAGCAGCCGCCCUCUAUGCGAACGACAAGACCGGCGCGUCCGCGGCCGGCUCCGGAACUCCAGGACUCACCUCCUCGGCAGGCAGCCCGCGCGCGUCGGCCGAGACCAGCCGAGCGGGGUCACCAAGCGUCGCUGGCGGUCAGCGAGCCGGUGGCAGCAGCAGCAAGCGCUCUGUCUUUUUCAUCCCCAACCUCGCACCGCCGAGGCUGUCCAAAAAGCAGCAGCUCACACUGAGCCCGUGGACCAAGUUCACCCGGUUCAAACGCAUCCCGUUCAAGUUCAUUCUCAACGUUCUUGUGACAGCCUUGCUGACGACCCGCAUUCUGCUGGAGAACGGAACAUACUCGACUUAUGUUGCUCACCAGCACGAAACGUUCCACCAGUACUUCCGUCCCGACCCGGACGUGUGGCAGAGCACGCUCUUUUCCAUGACCGACGUUACCUCCCACCUGACCAACUCUGUUAAUAAUUACGCUGCUCUCACGACCGACUGUGUGUCGCACUUUUCGUCCAAAGAUCCAAAGACAGGGCAUACCUUCCCAAUCGUCUUGACUGUCCAAUCCUAUGCCAACAACACGCCGUACAUUUCUCCAGACAUCGAUCUGACAAUCUCCAGCCAUGAGUAUACGCUCACGCAGGCAAAUCCUAUCGGCCCGUUUUUCGGCAACGACACGUUGGAUCGCCCGCUGUUUGACAAUCUCUACUUUAUGACGGCCGUGUACAACCUCGUGUCGUGGCAAACAAGCAGCCUCGUCGGCACUGUGCAGUUUACUUGGCGCUGCGAAAUCCAGUACGAUCUCACGGAUGGCGGCGGCGUCGUGUCGGUGACGGUUGUCAUCAGCAAGCAAGUGGCCGACACCACCGUCCAGCCGUUCUUUACGCUGGAUUUGCUGCUGCUGCUGUUUGCCAUUUGCUCCUUGCUGCUGACAAUCAAGGCUCUCUUCAAGUCGUACAAGAUUUUCAUGUUUGCGCGUCGGCGGCUCCAGGGCCGCGACCAUCACUGCGUCGAGCAUCUCGAUGACAAGGCCAUCACCUGGUCUCGGCUGAGCUUGCGCGACAAGUCGACCUUUUUCAACACGUGGUACCUGGCCACCAUCAUUGGUGAUAUUAUGGUGAUUGUGUCGUCGCUGUACGCACUGACUGCGACCUCCGACUUUGACACGUCGACCGACACUGUCGAUCCUGGCGACCUCACGACGGCGAUUGGUAUUCUCUGCGGCUGGCUCAAUCUCAUCAAGUUCCUCGAGUGGCGGAUUGAGUUUUACAUGCUCAUUCUUGCCGUUCGCUGCUCGAUUGGCCGCAUUGCACGCUUCAUCAUUACUGCGCUUCCUGUGUUCUUGGGCUUUGCGCUUGCUGGCGUUGCCCUCUUCUCCGAGCUGACGGAACUGUUUGGAUCGCUUGAUUCUGCGGCCGUCACCCUCUUCGCCGUCAUCAACGGCGAUUCCGUGCUCCAAGUGUUCACCACCCUCGACGAGAAGGCUGAUUUCACCUAUCGCGCCAUUGCCCGUGUGUACAUGUACACGUUCUGCGUGCUCUUCAUUACUGCCAUCAUCAACGUGUUCAUCUUCAUCAUCGAGGACGGCUACCGCUUGGCCACGACCCUGGAGGGCUUUAACAACCAGGCGCCGCGCUUGUUUAUCGACAACGUGCGUCUGCGAGAAAUCCUGACGGCUGCGCAGGCCUGCGAUGUGUCUGUGCACUUUGGCUGCGAUCGGCACGGCGGACACUUGCCAAGCUCGCACACCAACAUUUUCGACAUCAAUGGCGAGCUACUCCCCGAGCAGCGAGGCGCGCGGCGUCCGCCUCGCGAGUCACUGGGUGGCAAUUUGGACAUUCUCAAGUCGGCCAUGGCCAGCGUCGAUGAUCUCGAGUUUAUUUCCAACCGUAGCGGCAUGACCAUGAACACGGACUGGCGUACGAAACGUUCGAGCGACGACGACAUUCUCCCCGUCGUGCAGCCCAAGACCGACGGUCGCAGGGGAACAGGCUCUGCCUUUUCGGCUGUUCCGACGACUACCGCUGCUGCUUCUGCUGCCGCUGAUUCUUCUGCUGCCUCCACUUCAAACCCUGCGCCUGCACUGUCGUCCGCGUUCUCGGCGUCGACUGAGUCACUGCACGACGCACCCCACUUUGCACGUCAACCUCGACCCGCGCCCGUUCGCGCUGGAGGGGAUCGUCGUCCUGCUCCCGGAGGGUUUGGCUCGCUCGAGCGCAUGUACUCCACCGAUGCGUUGAUGGCGCUGCCUGGCUUGGAGUCUGGCAGCAACUCUGACAGCGGUGCCGGAAUUCCCCUCACGGCCACAUCUGUGGCAGGCCGGUCCAGCGCGGCAACAUCGCUGAACAGCAGCCGUCUGUCGCAGCGAUCACGGCCAAAGUCGCUCGAAACGCGAGUGGCCGAUGCAAUUGCCAAGGCCCAGGAGCAAAUCACGCGGGAAGUCGCGACGCUGCAAAACGAGUUUUUGAACAAGGUGCGCCUUGCGCAGUCGGAAGCUCUGGAAGCUCUCGAGCGCGAAAUCUCAGUUGUUGCUCAAAUGCGAAGUGAUGCAUAGGAGCGUCGUGUGUGAUGUGUUGCUUUUUUGUGUUUUUGUUUUUGUCUGCAUCUUUGUACAUGUGAUAUCUUUCAUGUUUUUCUCGUCA